AUGCUCAGAUGGUAUUCGAGACGCUUCAUCCUUACGUUGCUCGUGUCUACUGGUGUGAUGACGGUGUUUCUAGCCCUUCGACCACUUCUCGGUUCAUCGGCGUCAAUCCCCCUUACCAAAAGCAGUUUUGACUGGUCCACCUACCGCUAUCACUAUCCUCUACAGUCCACUGCCCCUCUCCCGUCGGGACAACCACACCUGUUUCCUCCAAUCCAGUAUACGUUUGGACCAGAGUCCAAACCCGCCGCCCUUCAGCGAAAAUCACGUCAACAAGCGGUGCUGGAUACAUUCAAGAAAUGUUGGCAAAGCUACCAAACCCAUGCCUGGAUGAAAGAUGAACUGCAACCCAUCUCCGGCAUGAAUAAGCAGACCUUUGGUGGAUGGGCUGCCACACUGGUCGACUCUCUCGACACACUGUGGAUCAUGGGACUUACUCAAGAAUUCCACGAAGCUGUACAGGCGGCCGCGAGCAUUGACUGGGCCAUCGCGUCAGGCACGGCAUGCAACAUGUUUGAGACCAACAUCAGGCAUCUGGGUGGGCUGCUGGCCGCGUAUGACCUCAGCGAUGAACCCGCUCUCCUGGCAAAGGCCAUCGAGCUCGGGGACAUGCUGUACGCCGGCUUCGAUACUCCCAACCACAUGCCUCCAUUUUGGCUGGAUUUCGAGAAAGCUCGAACCGGCCAGCUGGUAGCCGAGGAUCAUCAAAUCUCGGCCGCCGUGGGGUCCUUCACCCUGGAGUUCACCAGACUCUCUCAGAUUACCGGAGACUCCAAAUACUACGAUGCGAUCGCCCGGGUGACCUCGGUGUUUCUGGAGCACCAAAACUCCACGCAAUUGCCGGGGAUGUGGCCGAUGCACAUCAAUGCGCAAGAUCAGAUCUUCUCCGAAAGUGAUUUUACUUUGGGAGCCUUGGCGGAUUCCCUCUACGAGUACUUACCUAAGAUGCACUGCCUGCUUGGCGGUUUGGAGCCCGCGUACGAAAAAGCUUACCGGAGAGCUAUGGCGACGGCGAUCGACCACCUGCUGUUCAGGCCAAUGCUUCCAAAUAACACGGCUGUCUUGGUCGCUGGUUCUGCAUCGGCGACAUCGGGGAGGUCUAACCUCAAUCCAGAAGGACAACACUUAAGCUGCUUUGCAGGCGGAAUGUUCAUUCUGGGAGGAAAACUGUUUUCGCUUCCGGAGCAUGUCGACAUUGGCGCAAGGUUGACACAAGGCUGCAUCUACGCCUACAAUGCAUUUCCCACCGGUAUUAUGCCGGAAAUCUUUCGGAUGCGGCCGUGUCCGUCAUUCGAAGUGUGCGAGUGGGACGCAGAUCAGGCCUCCGGAACACUGCCCGAGGGUUUUGCGGCGGUCCCGGAUCCAUCUUAUUCUCUACGCCCAGAGGCUCUCGAAAGCGUGUUCAUACUCUACCGUACAACCGGCAACGUGGAGCUACAAGAUGCCGCAUGGAAAAUGUUCCAGUCCAUCCAGGCCGCCACUGAGACCGAUUAUGCCAACGCCGCGAUCGAUGACGUUACAACCCGUGGCAGACCCUCGCAAAGGGAUUCAAUGGAGAGCUUCUGGCUCGCCGAAACACUAAAGUAUCUUUAUCUUAUUUUCUCACCGCCCGAUCUUAUCAACCUAGAUGAUUACGUCCUGAACACCGAGGCACAUCCAUUGAAAAGGCCAAAGUGA